UUCAGACGAAGGCGGAAGUGUUUCAUGCUAAUGUACACUAGCUUCACAGAGCAGAAAUCAUGUUAGAGAGGCAGAGAAUUAUGCAGCAGGGUGAUACAAAGCAUGGGUCAUUAGCUCUUAUUUAUCAUCUGGAGUAAUAUCAGCAAAACUGCACCCUCCCUCUGCAAGAAGAGACGAUAUUUUCACUCAUUCGGUCGCUGCUUGUCGUUUCCUGUCGUCUGACGAUGCUAGUCUGGUGAGGUGGUUAGCCGGACAGAGUGAACGUUAACUGAAGCUAACGUUACCGUCAGGUCGGGAUCGAAAAUCAUCAGUGGAUCUGCAGCGAUUGAUCCGUGAUUAGACGAGUUUUAGUCCUCGGUGUUUGUGUUCUUUAGUGUUGAACAUUCAGACUCAAAGGCUGCCUAUAGGCUAGCGUUUUGAGGCUAAGUGAGUGUGUGAUUGUAUUUGCACUCCUCACUGCCUCCUCGGUGCCGUGUAGCUGUCCACGUCUCGCCUCGUCUGCUGUGUUAACGUUGCCAGCUGAGCUAGGCCACGUCCCUGCGGGCGUAUUUCACCCAGCCUUACUGACAUUGGACGAUUGGUCGCGGAGAGGAUGCCGAGUUUGCGGAAGGAAGAAGAAGAAGGAGAAUAAAGAUUUUGAAGCGAUGUGAAAAGUCGUGAAGAUUCAUGAGUGUUUGUGUGAGUAGUGUUUGCCUUUCGGAACACUUGCCGCAUAUACGCGGCAUGUCACGUAGACGGAUGUGUUGUACAUCGGGAGAAUCCUCUCACUGAGCUCUAGAGAUAACGUGACACUUGUAUUCUGAAAUGGUCGGCUUUGGUGCAAACAGACGAGGAGGCCGCCUCCCGUCCUUCAUCCUCAUCUUCUUGAUGGUGAUCAUCGCCAUACUGUCUUUCAACUACUGGACGGUGUCCAGCAGACAUGGCCUUUUGCUCGGUGAACUGGCGGAGGCGCAGACGCAGGUGAAGCGCACGGACGCGGCGCGGAGCCGGCUGGAGAAGCGCAACUCGGAGCUCAUGAUGCAGGUGGACACGCAUAGGAAGCAGAUCGACCAGAAGGAUGGAGAUUACAGCGUCCUGGAGGGCAAGCUGCAGGCCAGAGAGAGCCUCAUCAAAAGGUGCACUGAUGAUAAGGUACAGUACUUCUAUCUGAUCCAAACCCCAGCAUGGUCCAGUCAAGUUAUCUCUCUUACAGCCCAGCACCAGAAGAGAUGUGGUCACUUGGUACACGUUGCACUUGAGUGUUGCAAUGAAGAAAGAAUGUGCUGAAUAUCUCGGGGAGAAAAAAAACUCUAAUGCAACAUUCAUUGUUCUCUAAAACAGCAAAUAGUUGUUGGGACAUGGUGACAAAGCAGGUUAGGUGAUCAUAUCAUCAGACUGUUUGAGUAAGUCUACUGAAGUAUGUUUGUAAGAUGUCAAGAGUGUGUUUGAUGAGUAAAAUAUCUCAUAGUCCUGUCGAAGCCAUUGGAAAUGUGUACUCCAUACAUUUUUUAAUGAAUCCACUGGGUGUGAUAGAUAGAUAGAUAGAUAGAUAGAUAGAUAGAUAGAUAGAUAGAUAGAUAGAUAGAUCACAAACUGGGAAAUUCUCUUGUUACAGCAGCAAAAAAUACAAAAUAAAAUUAAAUAUAAGAAGUAUGUACAACGCAGACUAAAAAUACUAAAUAUAUACAAUAAAUACAGACUAAAUAUACUAUUUAGAUUAUAUAUACUAUUUUGGAUUAUUUUCAUGCUCCAAAAGUGAACUCUCAACUCUUGUUCUUUGCAGUGGACCAGCAGAUAUAGAGUGUUGAGUUGGCUGUCCUGAGAGAUGUUUAGGCAACAGAUGGUCGGGUGGUUUCCCUGUAAUUUGCAUCCAGUCUUUCACGCCUUUUUCUCAUUGACUGACACACAUUUGCUUAGUUUAGAUGCUAAUCCAUAUGUCUGCAGUGGUCAGCCAGUCCAGUCAAACUAGGAAAUGGAGUUUGAGGAAAAGACGACUGUCUGAGGGAGGUUUUGAAGGAUGAGAAAAAACAAUUAAACACCUAUUUGUUGGGAAUAAUCUGAGAUGAAUUUCUUCAACAUGAGUCAAUCCUAGAGAUAUUCCUUAAGACUCACAAAUAGGGAACUUUGCUCCUGCUGACCAUCACACACUGUUACUUUGUCAAAUCCCCUCUCUGUGGCCAAAUCUGAUCAUAGAAAAACAAUGGUCCUGUUUGUUUUAGCCUUCUGUUUAGUUCAUUUUGAAGCUGGUGUUGUCUAAAACUCCUAAAAAGGAAAUUCCUUAGUUUCUCUAAUAAGUAUCCAGACUAUAUUUAAUUUCUGCUGACUAAAUUAGACUCUUAAAGUUGAUAAUGCUCUUGGUAAUGAUUCCAGGAUCCAGACCAGAGUUGUUGAGUAGAAGUUGUUCCCUUCCUUUCUAAUGUCAACAGCCCAUCCUUGUUUCAACAGAGACACAUCCAACUUAAAGUGAAGGCCCUGCAAUGCAGAGGAAAUGGGUACAGUUUAGUUUUGCUGGCUCCCACACACAGCACAAUAAAUACGGUCUUAUACUUCUUUAGUCAAGGCAGUGUCAGUAUUCUGCAGGAAAAAAGCAGUUAACUAUAUAUGAGGGGGCGACAGGAGGAAGUGUCAGCCUUGACAGCAGUUGCUGAUUUUCUCUGUAUUUCAUAUCCACAGUUACCUUGAUGCUUUCUUCCUCAAUUAACUAUGACUCACUCCAGCUUAUCUCAGUAGAGGUGAGGAUUUUUGGAGGGGAAAUGCAUCCAUAAAAUAUAGGUAUGUCCAAUUGUAAGUCACAAUCAGUCUCAUUUAACCAGGACUUUGAAAAAUAGGAGUUUUUUCUCAAUGAAGGUGAAAGUUUUGGGGAAUAAGGAUGACAAUUUGUCCUGUAUUUUACAUGAAGAGGCAACUAGGUUAUGUGGACUGCUUGAGACCAGUCCCCAUUUGACAUGAAACCUCGUGCAUUUUCAGGGAAACCUCAGCUACUGCAUUCGAAGAAGAACAGCUACAACUUGUUAUUAGCUGUGUUUCAAUCCUGCAGGGUUCGAGUAUUUGAUGAUUCAAAGAAAGAUGAUAUUAAUCUCUCUGAAAUCCAAGUUUCCUCAUCCUCCUGCGUCUCCAUCCUGACCCGAACACAACUGUGAGUUUUAUUAAAACUAAAGUAAAAAGCAUCCAGCGGUUUCAUUUCAUAAGAACACAGAGAGCAUCAGUGCAGACUCCAGGUAGAGAUUCAGGAUUCACAUCAGUCCUGCUCGGGAAGAGCUGUUUUAUUGGAUUGCGUUAUGGUGCUCAGGGGUCUCCAUUUUCCUUUCCUGUAGUAGAAGUGAAGCACCUGCUUUUAGAGGGCAAUAAAAUCAUGAUCUUUUCACUUCUGCUAUGCCAGAGUUUUUUAUUUUUUGAUCACUUCUGUUUAUACACCAUUUUCCUUUAUUAACCAGGACUACAGUGAUGUCUUGAUGUCCUACACCUUUUCCAUAGACAGGAACUUCAUGCUGUGUUGCAGUAUUUAGAUAAAAAGUUUGCAUGCCAUCUGUUUGAACAAUGAAGUCUUGCUACACAGAGCAACAAGACAAACCCGUUUACUGGAAGGCAAAUCCUGUAACAGUGCUCAUUAGGAAACCUGUUCAGCGGUGUAUGGAUAUGAUCGAACUGGUUUAAGGUGUAGGGGAAAGGUAUGUAGCUCUCUUUUGGCUGAUAAGAUCUCUUUUAACCAGUUUGUUCUCUCUCCCUGUGUAGAUGAAGCUGCAGGCUGAAAACACAGGCCAGAUGACAGAAAUCCAGAGGCUGAAAGGUGGGCCAGUACUCUUAAUUUGCCAGCAGAGGGCGCUCUCGAACACAUAUUGAAAUUCUCUCAACAGUGGUCCAUUAAAUAAUGCACGUGUAAACCUCUCCUAAAGUGCUAUCUGUGUGUAUUUUGUGCAUGUGUUUGUUUCCGUACAACAGAGCAGCUGAAGGAUCUGAAGCAGGAGUUCAUGAAACAGGAAGAGCAGCUGAGAGAAGUGAAGAAGAAUAGCACUACCCUUGAAAGAAAGCUGGAGUAUGAGAGGUAUGUCGGAGCUUCUUCACUCUCUGUUGUCCUCAGUGACAGUUCAUUACGGUCAUUGACAAGACUAGAAACUCUGUGACGUGAUUCCUCCCACGCCUCAGAUGACCCUGUAUGAUGGCUGUUUUCUUUCUCGUUAACUCCUAUUUACUUUUGAGGUUUGUUUAAUCUCAGCUAAUGACUAUAGUUCAUUCAAAUGUCCUGCUAGAGAGAUAUUAUAUCAUGGCCUGUUCUCUAGUUCACCCUUUAGGUUUGAUUUUUGCCGGGUUGAACGAAUAAGUUUAAGUAUGCAAGGAAAAAAUGAUAAGAAAUUGACCAGGAAUGUUUGUGAACUAGUUUACAGUGUGGACGCCAGAUUGCACAACUGAAGGAGGAAUAUGAAGAAUCGAAAAAGGCUCUGGAGAUAGAGGCCUCAAAACUAAGACAGGUGAGUCUCUGUGAAACCUCCACAAACAAGAUGGUGUUCAAUGUCUUUAUUCUUUUAUGUGUCUCCUUAUUUAAUGGUGUCAUCUGGUUCAUGUUGGUUUCAAGAAGCACUGAAGCAUUUAUGCAUCACUCUCAGUUUUUAAAAAGGUGGGAUGCUGUGUAAAUGUAAAUAAAACAGAAUAUGAUAGUUUGUUAAUCGUGUAAACCAACGUCUUAGGCAACAUAUCAAAUGUUUAAUGAAAAAUAUUUACUCAUUUUAAAUUUGGUGCAGGAAAAACAUUCACAAAUGUAAAGACAGGGGCAGCAAAACACAUUCAAAGAUGUGUUACCCUGAAAAGAAACCCCUGAUGAACAUCUCUCAGUUGAUUAGGUUGACUUAAACAGGUUAGCAACAUGACUGGGCAUUAAAAAAAGGUGAUUCUGUGGGCUCAAGUCUCUCAGAAGUAAAGAUGAGAAGAGUUUAUUUUCUAAUUGAGAGACUGCAAGUUCAUUACACGAGGGUUUCAGAAAACUGUUCCUCAGUAUUUGAUUUGGGGAAUAAUAUCCUCUACAGUACACAAUAUCAUAAGAUUCAGAGAAUUAAUCUGAUUUAACCUGGAAAUACAUUUGUACAAAAGAGGCAAAUCCCAAAAAAGUAAUCCUGGAUGGCAGUGACCUAAAGGCCCUUAAAUGCUUUUAUAUUAAUUACAAUCAUGGCUCUGCAUUGGAAAUCACUGGAUAGACUCCAAAUCACAUCUAAAAUCCAUCGUCUGCAAACACAGCUCAUGGCUGCAUCCACAAAUGUAGGUUUAAACUGAACAAUGCAAAGAGGAAACCAUGUAUAAGCAUGAUUCAAAACUGAAUGAAAUUAAUGAACAAAAAGAUCUCAAACUGUCACUUUCCAAACUCAAGAAACUGGUUUCUUCAGUUCCCAGUUGUUUACAGAGUGUUGUUAAAAGAAGACAGUGGUAAACAUCUCCCAUCCCAUUUAACAUGAGCAUAUAUUCUUCAUAAAACAGUCCAACAGUCAAGUUACAACAUCCAAUACCUUGUGGCUGCACUAUUUUUACUUAAAUAGGGGUUCGAAUGAUUCGUGAAACAAUAGUUUCUGUUUCCUCUCACAUGUCCAUGUUGUCCCAACUAAGAGUUUGAGUGUCAGCUAAUGUUUCUGAUUCAUCUUCCGUUAUUUUUAAGGGCUCGGUAGACCACCACAAGGGUGUAGUAGCGAAUAGAAAAGCAGAUGGAGCCCUUGGUGUGGACAUGGUGGGAGAGCGCCAUACUGUGGCCAGUCACCAACAUGACAGGCAAGAUUUAAAAGGUAAGAUGAGCGGGACUGAGUCAAACAAAUGUGACGCUAUCUUGACAGUUAUUGAGAAUAUUUGUGUGUCUUUUUAUCUUUUUCUAAUAAAUGUUUUAAGACUGUCUUUUGCACUGUUAUUAUAUUCUCUAAGUGUCUGCCUCUCUGCUCUGUCACAGAAGAGAUGGGUAAGCCUGGCAGUGACGCUGGUAUGCCAGGUAUUGAAGACAGUGAGGUGGGAAAGGUGGAUGAUGUGCAAUUUGGUAAGCAAAAAAUGUCUGUUUUUAUUGUUUCUCAUCACCAAAUCUUUUGAUACAGAGUCUUAUAAAACAACAAUGAUGCUCCCGGUUCAUAGUUUUCAGGGUUUAAUAUAUGUUUUAAAAUAUGCCCAUACAACUUUGAACAGGCCGCUUGUUAUAAGGCCUGGUAAAAUCCAAAGGAGAGUGAUUUCAGAUCAGCUGAUGUUGAGAAAUCAGUUUAAGAGGAAACUUCCAGAUUCCAAUGAUAACUGGAGGAUAAAACUCUCUACAGAUGUUUCUGAGGCAGGGUCAGGAAAUGCCACUCUCCUAUAUAUCACUGAACAUGCUGUGAAGAGAAACAGCGUCUCUGUGUGCUCCACAUGUCGACUGCGUUUUGUGUCUAAUGAGUUUCCUCUCAAUGGCUCUCCUUUUAUCUCCAGCCUUGAAGAAACCAGCCAUCACCCAGAAGCACGACGAGGUCCCUGAGGUGGCCGCAGGAGCUGGUGCUGGGCCCAGAGUUGGGGCAGCUGAUGGCCCCGGGGGCCAGGCCCUGUCUCUGGACCAGCCCAGGCUCCAAGACAGAGUAGAAGGCCGAGCAGCUGUUGCAGCACAGGGCGGCUUGAGGCAGGCGGACAAACCAAUAGUGUUUGAAGAAGACAACAAGGCGGGUAUUAAGGCAGAUGAGCUGGGAGAGCAACAAAGGCAACUACAAGGUAUGUACUGCCUGUCAAUGUCAUUCAUAUUAAGUGUGAUAGUCUUAUUUCAGCCAGAACAGUUUAGUGAUAUAGUAUAUUGAUCUUGUGGAUCAGCGAUCAUUAAAAAAAAAAAGAUUUUAUUUUCAUUGUGAAACAUUCAGAUGAUGACAUUGUUUUCGAGGUAGAGUAAAGAAUCUGAGUUUUGGUGAUGUCUUUGAUUUUGGUCCCUCAAACACGUAACAGAACCAAGGCCUGUUUGAUAUUUUCAGUUCCCGAUCGUGUCAAGGGUGACGGCGAACACAUGAAGGGGAUUCCUCUACCCAACAACCCCGCACAGGUGCCCAACCCCAUCCAGCCUCACAACGCCAAAGACCAAGGUCCAGCAGAGCCAGUUCACCACCGCCAAAGUGAGCAUUCACACCCCACUUAGUAAAAGUCUCCAGAGAAGGUUUCUGUCUGAGGGGUAUGAAUUAAUAAAAGCCUGGAUUGGUGAUAAACUUUAAAGGUGUGUGGUCAAAUAACUGAUGUUGUUAGCUCUGCCUUUGUGCUUAGCUGCCGCCCUCCUUUUGACUGUUUGGAUUAGUCCCACCGCUAACAGGUUACUCUCCUACUUCUACAUUUUCACGAAAGAUAUUUAAACUGACUGAGUUUAAAUGUUAGUCAAGUCUUAAUAUUGGAGGGGGCACUGUCUAGGAGCAGAGGAGACAAAUGACACACACUUGGCUCUUAGAUGAUCGUUUCCUGCUGCCUGCUUCUGCUCUGCUGCUUUUUCCUCUCCGCUCUCUCCUCUUUUUUCACAUGCACUCUCCUUUCAUCUCUUUCACACACCCACCUCAGCCUCUGCAUCUCUGCUGCUUACAACUCUGACUGUAUGCAGCUCACGUCUCCAAUUUGUUUUUCAUCAAAUCUUCUGCUUCUGGUCUUUUUAGACUUGCAUCCUAUUAUGGCAAAUUAACACCCGACACACACCAGAUGUCUCUCUUUUGGCAGUGUCUGGUGCUCACUAGACGCCAGCAGCCCCAAAUCACAGCACGCCUCGGUGCAUCUCCAGUCCCCUCCUAGAGCUGUCCUGAUCAACAGUGUAAUUUGAUAUUCAUGUGAGGCUACAGAGGAAUACAAACUGUCCUUGAUGUAUGAUUGAGAUUUGAAAGCAAUCACUGAUUAAAGUAUUGUAAUAAUAAUAAUGGAUCAGAUUUUUUUAUCAGAGACCCUCAAAGUUUACAUUGGAUACAUCAUUCAUUCGCUCACACAGUCAAACCCUGGUGGUGGUAAAGUACCUUAGUAGCCGCAGCUGCCCUGGGGCAGACUGACAGAAACAUGGCUGCCAGUUUGCACCUACAGCCUUUCUGACCACCACCUCACAACACUCACAAUCACACACCAGUGGAGGACACACACUGGGAGCAAGGUGGGUUAGAUGUCUUGCCCAGGGACACAACAGACAGACUAGGGAAAGGGUGGGGAUUAGGGUUGUCCCGAUACAACUUUUUCACCUCCGAUACGAUACCGAUAUUCAUAGCCGUCAAUUCUGACCGAUACUGAUAUUAGCACAAACUUGUGCAUGAAAAGUUUUGCACUCAGCUGCAACGUCUUUUUCAGACUUUAAUGAAAAAUUCUGCCACAGGGCCGACAUCACUCCUACUCCUUGGUACUUUGUUAGUACUUUAGUGCACACUGUUGUUGUGAUUACAUGGGCUCUACAUGCUGGAUCCGGGCACUGCUAGAUGUAGGUGCUGGAGCGGAGUCUGGAAUGGACUGCUUGUAUUGGAAUUCUGACAUUGGAGAUUUUAGAUGCAGGCCAAUAUAAUCUGAUAUUCAAAUUUUUGCUGAUAUUCGAUAUCAAUAUUGUUUUAGGACACCCCUAGUGGGGAUCAAACCACCAACCUUCCAGUUAUAGGAUGACCGCUCUAUCUCCUGAGCUACUUCCGCCCCAAACUUAUAUCUAUAUUCAUAUUACCAUUUAGCUGAAGUAUAGCUGAUUGUGUCAUUUUAUCAGAUCAAUGUGGACUGUAUCAUUUAAUAAAGAUAUCUACUUCUUGUUUGACUCAAAUCUACUACAUGGUUAAAAAAAAAAACACUAUACAGUCAGUCACUCAUCUAAUGUGACGUCUUUAUAUCCGCACUAACAAGUGAAAAGACUGAUUACAACUCUGCUCUUCUCUAUGACAUUAAAAGUAUGAAUGAUCAUUUUUAACCUGUCUAAAGCCACUUCUACAUCUAAAGCAGCUUAACAAAAGAAGCUGUCGUUUCUACGGCCUAACUAUCUACUUAAGUUCACUCUUCCCACAGCAUCCACAAGAACUAAACCCAAAAUUGGAUUUACAGCGGGGCUAUUGUGCUGCAUGAUUGGAUUGCACAGAUGAUUAAACCCGUAACUCGAUUAGCUCUGAGUGCUGUCGUGUGACUUUUAAGAGACGCUCAUUAAAAGUGAACCGUUUGUUUCACUUGACUCUACUUCAAACCAGUGGUUGGUUUCUGUUGCCCUUAAGAAAACUUCUCUGUCACUAAUUCUGCCAUCUUCGUCUCAUUAGCCUCUUCUUUCAUCUCCUGUCAUCCUCCACAUUUGAUCACUCUUUCCUUUUCGCAUUCAUUAUGCUAAAUUUUCACUCUCUCAUCUCCCUACAACUGCCUUUGCUUGCCUUCCUUCCUGAUGAGGCCCUUCUCUGCCUCCUGCAGGCCGGUUCUUUGAUGAGAACGAGUCCCCAGUAGAUCCGCAACACGGCUCUAAGCUGGCGGACUACAAUGGGGAUGAUGGGAACGUGGGUGAGUAUGAGGCCGACAAGCAGGCCGAGCUGGCCUACAAUGAGGAAGAGGAUGGUGAUGGUGGGGAGGAAGACGUUCAAGGUGAGCCAGGCCGGGGGACUGGACUGCUUGUCCAGAUGUGUAUCCACCACUCCUCCCUUGCUCCCACCCUCUUCCCCUGACCUGCUGCUGACCCCUCCCCUGCAUUUGUUCAGACAGUUAAAGUAGCUCACAGCACCCUGAGUUUGAACCUCGAACCUGUAAACAAAAAAAUAAAAGCAGCUGGGUCAUGAAUGAACCUUUCUUGAUCAAAGCAGGACUCAUGCAUGCAAUCUUUAAGAGUACCUGCACUGUGUCAGCCAUCUUGUAAAUGUAAAGACACGGUAAGAAUAAUAGCACAAAUCUGACCCAGGAACUUAUGGUUCUGUGAGAGUGAUCCAGUCACCAUCUAGUGUUUUCUCUCUUGCCUGUGCUUCAUUUUAGCUGUACCACCUGUCUGUGCCCACCAAACAUCUGACCCACAUCCAGACCAGUAGAUAAAAAUAGCUCACUGUGUUUGUGAAUGUGUCUGUGUUCUCCCUGAAUUAUUGAAAUGCAUGCCUGUGUUUUUUUUAUUUCCUUUAACUUUUCAUUCUAUAUUACAAUUUUUAUCGUUUUUUUUUCUCCUAACACAGCUUUUGGAGAAAGUUCUAUAUUUGUUUUCAUCCAUUAUGAAAUACAAUAUCAGAUACAGUACAGCAAUCAUAGUACGACUGUGAUGCCUCAUUUCAUUUUUAUUGGAUGUAUUUGUCGACUUGUUUUAGACGGCCUCUGUUAUGGACUAUAACUAAGUUUGUAUUAUUCAGAUAGAUGUAGGACAUUUAUUUUAUUGAUAAAACAGGCUGUGUCCGAAAUGGAUCCCUAACCCCUAUAUAGGCGACUAUAUGAGGGUUAGCGCCAUUUUGAGGGGUGUCCGAAACCUUAGUUGUCAAUUCCAAUGCCCCAUAUAGGUGACUCAAAAUUUCCCAUAGAGCAUUGCAAAAUGGAGUGACCAUCUGAUAGUCACUCACCGGUGGUGGGCAUCCCGUCAUGCAUUGCGUCUUUCCAUGUAGUGUCUGAAACCUCCGGUGACUGAGCUCACUACAUAGUCAGCUAUAAAGUAAAACCUCAUAUGGGGGUUAGGGGUUAGGGAUUGAGUGAUUCAUUUUGGACACAGCCAUACUGUUCACACAAUUUACACCCUCAGAACUGUUACAGCUGAAUCAGACAGUGUUUAUCAACGAAGAACAGUGUGUUGAAAUAUAUCUAAAAUGAGGAAAAACAUAUCCAGAUAGUUCCUGACUGGGCCUUUUUAUCAUUUAAUGGAUAUAACCUUCGAGAAGGACAUGGUUAAAAUUCAGUCACACAAUCUAAAACUUCAAUUUCCUUGAAAAAGUGUUGUGGCCAUCACUCAGUCUCUAAUGUUUGCUUUGCUUUUUUUUCCCCCAGAUGAUGAAGAUCGAGACAUGCAGGGAGACCGAGCUGUGGAUUACGGGAAAAGACAUCAAGCCAUUGACAUUCUUUGAAUGGAAACUCCUGCAGCUGUAACUCAUUAGAGAUAUUAGGACCUUCCUCUACCUAUCGCCGAGGAUAUUCUUGAUGAAACAGCUAGAACAUCAACGCGUUUGAGAAAUUUAAGGGGUAUAUCCACAGUGUCAUGGACUGUUUUGCGAAAAGAAACAAGACAUUGCAACUAAUGACUUCUGAAUUACAUAACAUACUACAACGUGAAAAAUCAUGGGUUUGUUAGCUGCUGUUAAUUUGCUAAUGAUUCUAAGUUAUGACAUUAGAGGUGACAUCCUGUAAAAUGACUGUCAUUUUGUGAUUGGAAGAUUGCCUCAGUGCAUAAGGGAGUGGUUUAAAGGAGCCCUGUUGAUUCACAUCUCAACCUGAAGGUCACAUUUUUUGUUUUUGUUACUUUCUUUUCAGGUUACUGUUUCUUGAUAUAGACAAACUCUUCACCUGAGCUGUUUGUUAAAGAGACUAUUUUGGCAUACAGCCUUUGUUACAUACUUUUGGGACUUUUACAUGAGCGAUUUUUUUUUUUCCUAGGAGUGGGGAUGCAUUGCAAAUGCCAAGGACUAUACAUAGGCCUAUUGAAUCAGAUUGCUUUUCUUUCUAAUAGACACUCCAAAGUGCUCCUCAUUUUUUUCUAAUGAUGCCAUUGCAUGCAUUUGAACCUUUUUAUUAAUCAAACUGAGCAAAAUGCUGAAGCUUAAGCAAUACCUAAAGUGAUGUUGGUGUCCUCCACAGUGUGCAAAGAUUAUCCAAGCACAUAUGGAACUGACUGUACACAUGCUUCCGUCGAUGAGAUCUCUUGUACAUAAUGUAGUUGAACUGUUACCAUUUUUACAGAGGAAAUCUAAUUCUUCACCUUUUGGGGGAAAAUCCAUGAAUCAAACUCAGUUCUGUUUGUGCGGCCAGGAAAAUUGAUUUUUCUCAUGGAAAGGCACAAUGAAUGUAAUUUAAUUUUAUUAAAGGUGAUGCUUCAUGUUAUGUCUCA